CUGAACGCCACAGUUCUCGUAGGCUAGACCGCUGUGUUACUAAGCUACUACUUUAACAUCAAAUGACACUGCUGUACAAACAUGUCUUUUAAACGGGAAGGUAACGACAAGAGUCAGCUCAAUAUCCUCAAAAAACGUCGCGUCGCAGAUCUCCUGUCAAAUUUCAUACCAGAAGACGAAGCAGCACUUCUGAGCAAUGGAAGGUACACUUGCCUUGUGUGCCACUACCGCCCUGUGUUUGACACCGUCGACAUGCUGACAGUCCACAGGAAAGGGAAAAGACAUCUUGAAGGUUUAAAGGCAUUCUAUGGGAAGAAAGCGCGGCUUAAGCAUGAAAUAACAAAAAGGAAACAAGAAAACCUCAUCAGAGCUGAGGACCAGCCGCAGGAAGGUCCCAGUUCAGAAGCUCCUUUACUGGCGCAAACAAGGAAGCUGACCCAUCACGCUUUGCUGAAGACAACCCCAUACAACAGCUGCCAUCGGAGAACCAGCAGCAAAACGGAAAAAAGACCAGCAAGCAGCCAACUUGAACAUGUGGCGCCACCUUGUGGAGCUGCAGAGUCAGCUGAUGUUCUUAGCAUGUCGGGCAGUGAGCGGUCUAAAUCAUCAAGCACCACAGGAGGGCAUCCUCCGUCCGAGACUCCAACAUCUGAGCCCAUGUCGGCCCAGAGGAGACUCGAGUUGGAGCAUUACGUCAAACUAAAAAGCGACGGCUGGCUGCAAGAUCGGUGCGGCCGAUGGGUUAAAGACGAAGGUGUCGAGUUUGAUUCCGAUGAGGACGAGCCUCCCUCGCUCGCAACCGUGCCUUCUCUUAAACCUUAACAACUACGACUUCCCCGACUAGAUGUGACUUGGAUCCGAUGUGACACGACACAUAAAAAAAUAAAAGAUGGCCGCAGGUCUUGAGUGUAUCAAAUGUACCCCUCCUGAUCCCCGCUCAGCUUAAGUGUAAACCUGAAGUGGACGGAGCUACUCGGGUGCUAAUUUGGGUCGUGAUUCCACCAGUUAGCAUCGCGCUCAGCAAAGUGGCGUUGACUUAGAGAAGCACGCGAGGGUCAGAAGAACUAAGGCUGGGACAUUUCUCAAUGCCGCUAAUGUGUCGAAAGCACCACGCGUCCUCCGGUUGGGGACCUUCUGAGGCAGCCAUUUUCAACAUCUUUUUGCAAGCUUGCUCCCCCACACCUACCUGUUGG